UCGUUCACUUUGGUUUACAUUUGAAAUCUCCAUUAUGCAGGAACACAACAUGAAAAGAAAAGGUGGGCCACAUAGCAAGGAAUGUGAGAAACCUGCCAAGGUGGUUAAAACAAAUCAAAUAUGCACUCCAACAAGACAAUCAGCAAAAAUCGCAAGAUUGGAAAGGGUAAUGAAACUUCAAGAGAAUAAAAACAGACGAUCUUCAAUCAUACAUGGAGGUCUGCCAGAUUCCGCGAACAUACACAAAGGACAACCUUUGCUCCACGUGAAGGCAAGUAACUCAAGAGAAAAGGCAAAAGAGGCAAGACGACAUAGGAAAAGAAUAAUGCAAGCCAAGAAGCUUGCACAAAUAUCGACAAAAGAAGGAGAAAUGAUUGGCCAGGCUGGUAAUACUAUGAGGUAA